UCCGGGCCAGGCAGACGGGGCGUGCUUCGUGGAGGCGGCCAUGGCGUGUGGCUUCCGUAGGUCCAUCGCCUGUCAGCUUUCCAGAGUAUUGGAUCUUCCACCAGAAAACUUGAUCAAGUCAAUAUCUGCAGUUCCAAUUUCCAGAAAAGAAGAGGUAGCUGAUUUUCAACUUUCUGUGGAUUCUCUAUUGGAAAACAACAAUGACCAUUCAAGAUCAGAUAUUCAAGUUCAAGCCACAAGACUGGCAGAGAAGCUAAAAUGUGAUACAGUGGUAAGUGAAAUCAGCACUGGUCAAGGGACUGUGAAUUUCAAAAUAAACAGAGAACUAUUAACAAAGACAGUACUACAACAAGUAAUCAAAGAUGGCUCAAAAUAUGGGUUAAAAAGUGAGCUAUUCUCUGGUCUUCCCCAGAAGAAGAUCGUGGUUGAAUUCAGUUCACCUAACGUCGCCAAAAAGUUUCACGUCGGACAUUUGCGUUCUACCAUCAUAGGAAAUUUUAUAGCAAAUCUCAAAGAAGCUUUAGGACAUCGAGUCACCAGAAUAAACUACCUUGGAGAUUGGGGAAUGCAGUUUGGUCUUCUGGGAACUGGCUUCCAACUAUUUGGCUAUGAAGAAAAACUUCAGUCCAGUCCUUUACAGCACCUCUUUGAAGUUUAUGUACAAGUUAAUAAAGAAGCAGCAGAUAAUAAACAUGUAGCAAAAUCAGCACAUGAAUUCUUUCAGCGGUUGGAACUGGGUGACAUGCAAGCACUUGCGCUGUGGCAGAGAUUUCGAGACCUGAGCAUAGAAGAAUACGUGCGGAUUUACAAGCGUCUAGGAGUACACUUUGAUGAAUACUCGGGAGAAUCAUUUUAUCGUGAAAAAUCUCAAGAAGUCCUAAAGUUGCUGGACAGUAAAGGACUCCUGCAGAAAACAAUAAAAGGAACCGCUAUAGUGGAUCUUUCUGGAAAUGGUGACCCCUCCUCAAUUUGUACUGUAAUGAGAAGCGAUGGGACUUCUCUCUAUGCAACCAGAGAUCUUGCAGCUGCUAUAGAUCGAAUGGACAAGUAUGAUUUUGAUACAAUGAUUUAUGUGACAGAUAAAGGGCAAAAAAAGCAUUUCCAGCAAGUGUUCAAGAUACUGCAGAUCAUGGGAUAUGACUGGGCAGAAAGGUGCCAGCACGUACCCUUUGGAGUGGUGCAGGGAAUGAAGACUCGAAGAGGAGAGGUUACUUUUCUGGAAGAUGUUCUAAAUGAGAUCCGAUCAAGGAUGCUACAGAACAUGGCUUCUGUUAAAACUACCAAAGAACUGGAGAACCCACAGGAGACCGCGGAGAGGGUCGGGCUUGCAGCGCUCAUUAUUCAGGACUUCAGAGGUUUACUCUUGUCUGACUACCAGUUCAGCUGGGACCGUGUUUUCCAGAGUCGUGGGGACACAGGAGUCUUCCUGCAGUACACGCAUGCGCGCCUCCACAGUUUGGAAGAGACUUUUGGAUGCGGUUAUCUAAAUGAUUUCAACACUGCUUGUUUACAAGAACCACAGUCUGUUUCCAUUCUUCAGCAUCUUCUCAGGUUCGACGAGGUGCUUUAUAGAUCAUCUCAGGACCUUCAACCCAGGCACAUUGUCAGUUACCUUCUAACUCUAAGUCAUCUUGCAGGUAUGGCACACAAGACACUGCAUAUAAAAGACAGUCCUCCUGAAGUGGCUGGGGCCAGACUUCAUCUUUUCAGAGCUGUGCGUUCUGUCCUAGCCAACGGAAUGAAACUUCUUGGAAUAACACCUGUAUGUAGGAUGUAAUUUCUAAUUAAAGUAGCUUUUUAAUUACUAAGUGAA